CUUAGCCGGAGGUUUCCUUCGAUACUUUCAGAUUUUCGGAGAGUGGAACAAAGGAGGGUAUGAUAAAGUACCCGAGGGUGACACAGAUUCCGAGAUAUCUAAUGGAAAGGCAGACUCAGAAUAAGGUUUAUGCGUAUUAUGAUCACACCGAUGCUUCCAAGUACUCGAGGUGGACUACCAAGGAAUGUUACCAAUUCAUGUCUGCCAGACCGUGGCAACAAGUUCUUGAUUAUUAUUCUGAUUUGGUGAGGGGUCAGGUGUCAUUGUCGGCAUUGUUUGGAAUUGAGACACACCCUAUUGAUGAUGAUGCUGACAUUGUAGAGGCGUCUGAUGAAUCUGGCCUGGUGAGUGUCCCGACUAAAAAUAAAACUGGAAAGUGGGCUAGAGUAACAUUUAAGAUAGUCCUUUCAUAUUAUGGGGGCUCCUUUGGUGGGUGGCAGAGGCAGCCUGGCUUGAACACUGUUCAGAGCUUAGUUGAAAGAUCUUUGGGAGAAUUUGUUGAUGAGAAUAAAGCUCAACUGCUGAAAGACAAGGGUUUACCAGUAGAAGGCUGUGCUGCAGUUGCUGGCCGGACAGAUAAAGGAGUGACGGCUUGGCAACAAGUUUGUUCUUUCUAUACUUGGAGACAGGAUGUUAAAGCUCGAGAUAUUGAAUAUGCCAUCAAUAGUGCAGCACCAGGAAAGCUCAGAGUCAUAUCUGUUGCUGAGGUAUCACGUGUAUUUCAUCCUAAUUUCGCUGCCAAAUGGAGGCGCUAUUUGUAUAUCUUCCCUUUCUGUGAUGGAGAGGAGGGAGAGCGAAGCAGUCAGAAUGAGGAGGCUUUUGAAGAUAUUGAUUGUGUUAAAACUAAUGAUGGCCAAAGAAAUGAAUUUAGUGGACACAUUCGUGAGGAAGAUGUUGAAAAUCUACUCGAAAAUGACAAGCAUAAACCAGAACUUCCAAAACAACUAUCCAAGUUCAGGGUAAGCAAGGUCAACCAACUCCUACGUCAGCUAGAAGGAAAGUUGUUGUCCUACAAGAUGUUCGCUCGGGAUACUAAAGCCUCGAGAAACACUGGUCCACCAACGGAGUGUUUUGUCUUCCAUGCUCGCGCCACCGAAGCCACUUUGCCAUGUGCUGCAAAGGUUUCUUACGAUCACUAGUCUUGUUAAUUUGCUCUACUUCCAUUUUGAAAUUUCAAUUGCCUUGGGUUCAUGUUUUCCUAGUCCAUGAGAUGUGUGUGGGUACAUUUGUAAAACUCUGCGUGUUUGUCAUCAUCGUGUUUUCUGUUGAACAAGACUACAUGCUUGUUAUUUAAGCACAAUAUAGAACAUGUUGAAACCCCAAUCAUUACUUACCGGAAAAGGGGAGAGGGCAAUAAACAUGUGAAUUUAAACAAGAUAAAUGUGCAGGAAAUAUGCUGUCCACUUGUUUUAUAGAUCUUGUUUCCAUGUAUCUAGGAAUCAUUUGGUUAAUGACACAGAAAUAAUGUUUAAUUUAACAAAUGUUGGGCAAUGGUUGGUAUAGUUUCUGAUACUGAAUUGGGACCAACAAAAGUGAUUCCUUGCCAGAAAGUAAAAGUCUGUGCAUGCCACUCCAGGAAUUUGGAUAUUAUUUGUUUGUUCUGUAAUAUUCAGCAUUUGUAAUUUCUGAGUUCAUAUAUCGGUCAAGCC